GUAUUCGAUCCCAGCGCGAAGCAUUCAUCAGCUCAAUAGCGAAGACAGCAUUGGAUUGCGUCUUGUUUUGCUUCGAGCAAAAAACUUGCAAAUCUUUCAAUUAUGCUGAUUAUACCUCUGGCAGGAAUGGCGAGGAGAAUUGUGAAUUACACAAUGAAAUCAAUAAUGAUGACGGAAAUUCACUGCAAUUUCUCAAAGAUGAUAGAUACACCUUCUAUCAGAUACCUAGAGCAUCACACGAACAAGAAAACAAAAAAAAGACAGACUACGGGAUUGAAAUUUACUUGUUGGUACAGGAAGAUAGAUCCUUUACCAACAAGUAAAUUUCAAUCCCGUAGUCAGGCUAUUUUCUAUCCAACAAUGGGAACUACGAGCUUGUUUACUUAGUUAUACAUUGUUUUUACCAAUUUAUAAUUUUUAUCUGUUCUUCUUACACCUUCUAUCAGAUCCCUGGAACAUCACCUGAAUUAGAAAACACACAGACAACAGAAAAUGCAACUGAACAGGUGUUUCAAAAUGGAAAUUUCGAAUGUAAAUUUUUUACAUUUAUUUAGACCUAUAACCAGGAGCAGUUGCGAUAAAUCCAACUAUAGGCCUUCUGGCAGGAAUGGAACCUAUACGGCCCUGCGAUUCCGGUGCAGCGCUUUAACCAACUAAGCUAUUAUAAUUUUUUAUCCCUAAUUCUUCUAUAGUCAUCAGCAAAAUCGCUUAGUAUAAAGUAACCCAUGCACUCAAUGCGAGCAGGCGUUUUUAUUGCGGAAGUUGCAUGCAUUCGCUUUCUGGCGUUAGUUAUACAGCAGUAUAUUGUGCAUGCUCUACUUUGUUACAGCUAAUUCGUUUAACAAUUUACUUGAAUGAACAUAAAGUGAGAGUUGACAGUUUUCUGAUACAUACUGAACAAGUACUAUAUAUACAUGCAGUUGUUCAACAUUUCGUUUUAGGCAAACACACCUUCACUAAACAGAAGUUGUCUUGACCAUUUUAACCAUGGUAGUAAAACAUCGGGUUAUUACACCAUCCUUGAUUUGAAAGAAAAGGCUCGCACAGUAUAUUGUGAUAUGGAAUCCGAACCGGGAUCUGUUUGGACACUCAUCAUGUCCUUCACAAGAGAAAACAAAGAUGUCAAUUCAUUCAGAUCGAAAGCAAUGUAUGAACGUUCCGCAACGAACCCUAGCACUCCAAAUUGGAUCAAGUACCGAAUGAGCUACUCAGUAAUGCAUCAUGUAAAGAGGACAACUCACUGGCGAGUUACAUGCAGUUUUCCGCAAUAUGGUGUCAACAUCAACAUCGACUACGUCCGAGCCGCGUUCGCUGAUUUUGAUCUCAUGGGAACAUUUUGGAGGAAAUGCAAGAAAGUGAGUUACAUAAGUGUCAUGGAACAGUCCUGUUUAGAAUGUACGGCACACUGGUCGCAGGGUAAUGUCAGUUCACCACAUAUCGCUGCUGAUGAUGAGGUUGUUUGUGAUAUAAAAAGUGAUAAAAGUGGAAACAACUAUUUUGGUGCGUACGAAAAAUACAGUGCCACAUUUCGAUGUACAGAAAAUGCAACUUCAACAACGAAUUACUGGUUUGGUUCCUAUGUUUGAUAAGAUCAGACUGCACGCGACGCAGCCUCAGUGAACUACAGAAGUUGAACAAUUUGUGUGGAACUCUUGGAUAUUGACUGCAUUACAAGAACUAUAUAUUUCAGUAUUAUUUAGAUUUGAUACAAGCUAAUGUAGCAUAUUAUAUCGUAAUUUUUUGCACGAAUUAAAGCUGGUUUACACUAUCAAUGUUUCUGUGAGCACAUGCGCAGUAGGAAUUUUGGGUAUAUAGGUAAUUUGUAAGAAAUGUUUAAGAGAACUGACUCGCUGUUCAAAACUGAGUCAGUUCCCUUCAAAACUUUUGAAUUUAUCAAUGCAAAAUUCCUACAUAGGUUUUGAUAGUGUAUAAGGACCACGAAGACUCGUAGCUUAGAGAAUCAUAUAUAGUUAUGUAGAUUAUCAUAUCUUAUGGAUUGCAAUGGAAUAUUUGGUCUGUUGGUUUGAAUGGUAGGAUGGUAGAAUAUAUUAAUAUCUUUACUUUUAUUAUAGUGAAAUCCUAUCGCUAUAUUAAAUCUUGUAGUAACGUGGUGUCUCGAAUUCUAUUGUUCUUUGAGGUAAUUUAUCAUAGCUGUAUACCCUCGGAAACGACAUAUAGCAAGCACGACAAAACAGCUAAAAAUGUUUCAAAGCAUCCAAACUGGAGUUGAGGACUUGACACUUGUACGAAUUAUUUGAACCUUUAUACAAAAUUAAUUUGCAUGAAUCAUUGCUGCAUUAUAGGUAGUGUUUAUAUGUUAACUGUCAAGGUUGCCAAAAGACGAAAAACAUGUCGUGUUUUAUACAUAGGACAAAAGCUUUUCGCUUUAAACAAAGCCUGCAGAGGGACUCAUAAACAUCCAUCGAAACUAAUUUGUUUUAUUCAAUGCCAUCAGAAAAGGCAAUUAAAAUGCUUUUAUCCAAAUAGGGUCUCGUUGGGUUUUUUAGGUGCACGAAUUUGAACAGCGCGAAUUUCGGAAAUCCAAAUUUGUGAUUUAUGACGCAUGGCGAGUCAAAGUUUUUGACGAGGAUUGAGCGUGCAUGGUAAUUGACUGUAACGGCUUCAUGGAGAAUAAAAAUGUUUACAAUUUUCGGAGUGUCUAUUGUUUUGUGUUUCAUGGACCCCCCCCUGCUUUUUUGCAAGGACGUAAUAUUGCAUGCAUGGUAGUAUAAAUAUUAUUUUUCAUGUGAGACACGAGAUUAUUCCUGUCAUGCACUUGUGCCAGAUGUGGUCUAUACUUUCGUGACAUUCUUAAGCACUUAAAAGCUGUUAACAUAAUCUUCAUCAUUUAGUGAAAACAACAAAUAUUUUAUCAGCAAAUAUUUUGCAAUCUUAGAUAAACAAACUUAUUAUAAUAAAACUGUAAUGUCUUCUCAAUUACGUCAUGCAGUAUGUAUAUAAGCUGUUUGAAGAUGCCAUAUAGUUGGCAACAGGACUGGCCAUCGUUCGCUCAACGAAACCUUAUAAUCAAUAUUACUCGAGUAUCAUGAUUUUCGACUCCAUUCAAAGCAAACUAUUCUGGACGGUGUUGCUAUACUACUUAUCCGUAAUCCUGGGUGUAGCUUUUAGGAGAGAAGCAAAUGGACAAGCUCAAAUAUUUUUUCGAAUCAAACAAGGUAUACAUAUAGAAAAUACCAUUCAACAAUUUGAUUAAUUUUGGAAUUUAUGUAAUGAAAUUUGGCGACAUAUAAUUGCGAGUGCAGAAACCGAACCACUUGAAAGUAUAAAUAAACCUGACAACUUCAGAUCAAAUUUUUAUAUUGUUAAUGUUGUUUGUUCUCAGGAAGAAUAAUUUGUGGUAUCCAAAUUGAGUCAGCUAUAACUUGCUAAAAAUACUAUCCAACAACCCCCAAGGUUAAAAAUAUUUUAGCCGUUGAUAAGUUCAGAAUAUCAGCAAAUGACUGGACUUCAGUUGCACACAAGAUUAAUAGAUAAGAUCGCGUGUUGCCGUUUUUUUCAUCAUCUCUGACAUUUUUUUCAGGCGUUCGAUCACAGCGCAAAGUAUUCAUCGGCUUAAGAGCGAAGACAUCAAUCCAUUGCGCAGUAUUUUGUCUGGACGAAAAAACCUGCAAAUCUUUAAACUAUGCUGAAUAUACCUCUGUCAAAGAUGGUCAGGAGAAUUGUGAAUUACACAAUGAAACCAAGAAUGAUGACGGAGCAUUCCUGAAAGAUGAUAGAUACACCUUCUAUCACAUACCUGGAGCAUCACACGAACAAGAAAACAAACAGAAGACAGAAAAUGUAACUGAACAGGUAACUGAUGAAGGAUUUUGUAGAUGGAAAUUUCGCGCAAAAAUUUCAUGCAUUUAUUUAGACCUAAGGGACUGGUCAUAAAGUAACUGGGUGGGCUGGAGGUAAAUCACAAAUUUUGCCAAUAAGUUUGGUGACCCAUCUUAGAAUGUACACAAAAAUUUCAAAGCCCAUCUAAUCUUACCAAAUUUAUUUCAUGACCCACCCACCCAAUCUAAAUUGGGAAAAUACACUUUUGUAAUAAAAAAAACUUGCAGGUAUGAACAUUGUAAACAUACACCGGCACUGUAUUGACAAUAAUUCCACCAAGCUUGACCAACACAUUCAUCACCAAUUACGAUACUGGGCUGCUCUCCAGUUGGUUGUAUUCAAUUCUUGUUGUUGUAUAAAACAAAGUACUGGCUUCAAUAGCAUCAUUUCCAUUUGACAUUUUGGAUAGUUUUGUUUACUUUUAUUAUUAAUAUCUUUAUAUAAUAUAUAAUUAACAUGGGUUUUUGUUUGGUGGCCCAACCGUGGACAUACAAAAAAAUUGGCGGCCCAUCGAAACUGCCCACAAAUUUUCCAUGGCCAAUCCCAAAUCACUCCAGCCCACCCUAGCAGUUACUUUAUGACCGAUCCCUAACCAGGAGCGGCUGUGAAAAAUGCAACUAUAGGCCGUCUGACAGGAAUCGAACCUGCGAUUCCGGUGCAUGCAGUUGUCUGUAGCUGAAAGAUAUGCACCUUUUAACAGAUACCUGGAGCAUCACACAGAGCAGGUAUCUAUCUUGCAUGCCUUAUACCAGCAAGCAAAUAUCAUCACGCUCAUACGGAAUUUCCUCUUUAAUUGUUAAGAACGAAGGAAAAAUGUAGGAAAUUCAUUAUUUUAGCGGAAGAAUGAUUCCGCCCAUUUAGUUAUUUCAAUCCUUUAUUGGUUCAUUCAUUCAUUCAUUCAUUCGUUCGUUUGUUCACGAAGUUACUCAGAAAGGUGUUUUUGUAGCGACAGUUACAAUCGUUUUUUAGCGUUGGUUGGUCUUCGUAGUUUACAUAGAUGAGACGGUCAAUUCGAUUAACGAUUAAAAUGAAUCUACAACAUCAUAAACAAAAAGUGAGUUACCAGUUUCUGAUACACAAAACAAACAAUUGUUGUUUUAAAUUUCCGUUUAGGCACACACACCUCCCUUAAACAGAAGUUGUCUUGACCAUUUCAACCAUGGUAGUAAAACAUCGGGUAAUUACACCAUCCUUGAUUGGGAAGAAAAGGCUCGCACAGUAUAUUGUGAUAUGGAAUCUGAGCCGGGAUCCGUUUGGACUCUUAUCAUGUCCUUCACGAGAGAAAACAAAGAUCUUAAAGCAUUCAGAAAAAGAGCAAUGUAUCAAAGCGCAGCAAAAAACAAAGACGCUCCAAAUUGGUCCGCAUACCGAAUGGGUUCGUCAUCAUUGGUUGCCUUAAAGAAUAUGACAACUCAUUGGCGAAUUACUUGCAGUUUUCCUCAAUAUCGUGUCGACAUCAAAACUCACUACGUCCGAGCUGUGUUCGCUGAUUUUGAUCUCUUGAGUGAAUUUUCGGGUGAAUGCAAGAACGUGAGCUACGUAAGUGUCAUGGGGCAGUCUUGUUCGAAAUGUACCGUACAGUGGACGCAGAUUGAUAACUUUACCCCGCAUAUCGCUGCCAUGCAAAACGACUCAGCUUGCGACAUAAAAAGUGAUAACAGUGGCUACUACUAUUUUGGUGGGUACUACACUUACAAUCCCAAAUUUCGUUGUACAGAAACUCCAAAAUCAACAACGAAUUACUGGUUUGGUUCUUAUGUUUGA